UGAAGGUGCAGCCAAUCAGAUUGCCAGCUGCUCUGCAGGCCUCUCCUCUGCACAUUGAAUUGCAUCCAUCGGCGGCGCUGUGAUCAGAGACAUCCAGCCGACGGGAGGAAUACUUUCACCUGAUCUACGUUGUUCUAUCUGCGAAAAUGUCUAAUCGGGCAGAGUUUGAGAAGAUGGCAGAGGAUGUGAAGAAGGUGAAGACGAAGCCUACGGAUCAGGAGCUGCUGGACCUGUAUGGACUUUAUAAGCAAGCAACAGUUGGAGAGAUUAACACCGAUCGACCAGGAAUGAUGGAUUUCAAAGGAAAAGCCAAGUGGGACGCCUGGAGCUCAAGAAAAGGAAUGUCCAAGGACGAUGCCGAGUCAGCCUACAUUACACUUGCGAAGGAAGUCGUCAGCAAAUAUGGCAUAUAAGGCUCGCGAUAAAUGGGAGAAUUAAUGGAAAAUGACUAAAUAACUCAAAAACUUAAAUGUCCUUAGCUUUACAAGUAUCCUUCUGCGUUCAGAGGCAAUAAUUACAUAGGAUAAAGUUGAAUUUAAAAUUGACUAUGAUUUUUUUUUUAUCAAAGAUUAUUAAUUGAAUAAGUGAAAUGUAGCCUUGGACUAAAAUAUAAAAUCGUUCUAAUUGCUAAUCAUCUCAUUUAUGUAGUUGAUUCUUGCAAUCUCCAUUUGCACAGCAAUAUAUUGUAUACACAUGCACUGUGAUAUGCAGCUGGAUUACUGUACAGGACAGACUGUCUAGCAUGAAAAUAAAAACUCUGAAAAAUG